AUGGAACUACUUCUUUUCAACUUGUCUCAGCAUUUCUCCUCACCACAACCCUUGUUAUCCAAUUCAGCCAUCGCAACGCAGCUCACAGUGUCGUGCAAUAAAAGGCGCGAUAUCGUCAAAAACACGAUAGUAUACCGCGAAACGUAUACCGAAAUCUACUACGCCCUCCACCAGCACCCAGAGCAUCCAUGUCAAGAGGACCAAACUGCUACUGUUGUGAGAGAGCACCUGGAGGAAAACGCAUGGAGAGUUGAAUAUGGGAUCGGUGGCCACGGUGUGAUAGGAGUUUUACACAACGGCCCUGAAGCAACUGUACUUCUGCGGUCUGAACUGGAUGCUCUCCCGAUCACAGAAAAAACGAAUCUACCCUACGCCAGCGAAGUUGAGGAGAUUGACACGGAUGGGAUAAAGAAAGGAGUCAUGCAUGCUUGCGCACAUGAUAUGCAUAUGGCAUGUCUUUUGGGUGCGGCAGAUCUUCUGGAAAGAAGCUCGGAAAAAUGGUCUGGUACUUUGAUUGCCCUCUUCCAGCCAAAUGCAGAGCAACUCCUUGAACGGGACAAUUGCGGUCAAGCCAGGCGGGUUCUAGGCUAUUUGGACUCCUUGAAUGUUCGUGUUUAUGGACAUGGAGCAAAUGAGGCUACGACCCAGCUAGCAGUUGAUCCAAUACUUCUGGCGGCUAAUAUCAUCACAAAGCUGCAGAUAGUUGCACGUGAAACGGAUCCGAAGGAGCCUGUCGUUAUUCGAUGUAGUGAGUUCCACGGUGGCACUGAUGCCAGCAUUAAUCCAGAGUAUACCGACUUAAAGGUCGACGUGCGCUGCUUCUCAGAGCGUACUCAGAAAUUUGCUCUAGAUGUAGUUAAACUACUCAUAGAGCAAGAGUGUCUAGUGUCUGGCUCGCCCACUGCUGCCUGUAUUGUGACCACUGUGAGCUGUCCAGCAACUGAAAACGACGAAGAGGCAACUGGCCAAUUUAUGCAGACCUUGAAGGAAUACUAUGGGGAUAGAGCCUCGAAGGUUGUGCAAGAAAUGUCACCAGACAUCACCGUUGCGGAUGAUUUCCCUCUUCUUGCUCAAAGUCUUUUGGAUGAAAAGCCGAUACCUUAUAUCUACUGA